UGAGUCAUUGUCAUUUGUAGACAUUUUAAUUUGCGGCUGGUAUCACCUCUCAAAUUUUCAAUAAUCUUCCUUUUCAUAGCAGCACGUGUAGACGCGGACGACUUGCUUAUCAUCUUAUAGAAUAAUUUCGCUUAGGUUCGGAUCAAGAUGCCUUCAGACGCGAAAAAGCGAGCACAACAGAAGAAGAAGGAGGCAGCCAGUAAUAGGAAUAAAAAGAAUGUGACUCGGGUGACGAACUCUGAAGAGAACGGUACAGCGAACGGCACCGCGAAAGAGGAGUCGAGAGAGCUCACGGCUGAAGAGGCGCUGUGUCUCAAGCUGGAGGAGGAAGCGAGAAUAAACUCGGAAGCGCGCUCAUGCACCGGCUCUCUGGCCGUCCACCCUCGCUCUCGUGACGUCAAGAUCGCGAACUUCUCCAUCACCUUCUACGGGUCAGAGCUUCUGCAGGACACGCUGCUCGAGCUGAAUUGCGGACGGCGGUAUGGCCUGGUCGGGCUUAACGGAUGUGGCAAAUCGUCUCUCCUCUCCGCUCUCGGCCGCCGCGAGGUGCCCAUACCGGAGCACAUCGACAUAUUCCACCUGACGCGGGAGAUGCCGGCGUCCGACAAGAGCGCCCUGCAGUGCGUCAUGGAGGUCGACGAGGAGCGGAUCAAGCUGGAGAAGCUGGCCGAGGAGCUGGCGCACUGCGAGGACGAUGAGUCUCAAGACCAGCUGAUGGACGUGUACGAGCGGCUGGACGAGCUGAGCGCGGACACGGCGCAGGCGCGCGCGGCCAACAUCCUGAACGGGCUCGGCUUCACCAAGGAGAUGCAGCAGAAGGCCACUAAAGACUUCUCCGGAGGGUGGCGCAUGCGUAUAGCGUUAGCACGCGCGCUGUACGUGAAGCCACACUUGCUACUACUGGACGAGCCCACCAACCACCUGGACCUGGACGCGUGCGUGUGGCUCGAGGAGGAGCUAAAACACUACAAACGCAUCCUGGUGCUUAUCUCACACUCCCAGGACUUCUUGAACGGGGUGUGCACCAACAUAGUGCACAUGAGCAAACGGCGCCUCAAAUACUACACGGGCAACUACGAGGCCUUCGUGCGGACGAGGAUGGAGCUCCUCGAGAACCAGAUGAAGCAGUACAACUGGGAGCAGGACCAGAUCGCGCACAUGAAGAACUACAUCGCCCGCUUCGGUCACGGUUCGGCCAAGCUCGCGCGCCAGGCGCAGUCCAAAGAGAAGACGCUGGCCAAGAUGGUCGCCCAGGGUCUCACGGAGAAGGUCGUCGACGACAAGACACUCAACUUCUACUUCCCCUCGUGCGGCAAGGUGCCGCCGCCCGUCAUCAUGGUCCAGAACGUGUCAUUCCGCUACAAUGAGAACACGCCGUGGAUCUACAAGAACCUCGAGUUCGGCAUAGACCUGGACACGCGGCUCGCGCUGGUGGGCCCCAACGGCGCGGGCAAGUCCACGCUGCUCAAGCUGCUGUAUGGAGAUCUGGUACCAACAACGGGCAUGAUCCGCAAGAACUCGCACCUGCGCAUCGGCCGCUACCACCAGCACUUGCACGAGCUGCUGGACCUGGACCUGUCGCCGCUCGACUACAUGAUGAAGGAGUUCCCCGACGUGCGCGAGCGAGAGGAGAUGAGGAAGAUCAUCGGGAGAUACGGCCUCACUGGCCGCCAGCAGGUGUGUCCGAUGCGUCAGUUGUCAGACGGGCAGCGGUGCCGCGUGGUGUUCGCGUGGCUCGCGUGGCAGACCCCGCACCUGCUGCUGAUGGACGAGCCCACCAACCACCUGGACAUGGAGACCAUCGACGCGCUCGCCGACGCCGUCAACGACUUCGAGGGCGGCCUGGUGCUCGUCAGCCACGACUUCCGGCUCAUCAACCAGGUUGCCGAAGAGAUCUGGAUCUGCGAGAACACGACGUGCACCAAGUGGACGGGCGGCAUUCUCAAGUACAAAGACCACCUCAAGUCCAAGAUCCUGAAGGACAACGCCGCCAACGCGGCCAACGCGGCCAAGAUACGCAAAUAGUCCAAUGCUUAGCCUUACACUCAUGUACGCACCGCGUAACGCCCGAGUAACCGAGUACACAGUAGCCCAGGUCGGUCCUGCUCAUAACACGGGUAUAGACUAACCAACUUGCGGUCUUCCAACACAACUUAUAUAAGGAUAUCGACACAUACGGAAGGCAGUGAUUUAAGCUAAGCAACAAGAAUUUCGCACAUUUACACGCCAUCUCCUAUCUCUAUCGCACACGGAUAAUUAUAUUGCUGCCUCCCAACGACGGUCAAUGCCACUGUGCGAGUAGGACAAUAUAAUUAUGCGCGUAUAAUGGAAUUGGCAACUGUCAAAGGUUUGCAUAUAUGGCGCCAUCAUAGCUUGCCCCCUUUUCUAUGAGACCUGGCUUAAAGGGCUGGCAUCCAAGCCAUAAAAUUCCAGAAAAAAACAAAAACUUUGACACAAUUAUAGGGAUUGACAGGGCAAGCUAUGCUGGCGCUAUCUGCUAAAUACUUCGACCGGCCAACCCCAUUGAGAUAGGAAUAGGCGUGUCAAUGUACGAAAUUCUCCGUUCUUAGCGUCUUUACGUAGAAAUGAUUCUGAUUGAAAAAACAGGGUCAAAGGUUAUGUUCAGUAUUUUGGAGGUGGCCGAGUUAAGAUUGGGGAUGGCAGUUUUACACUACACUGAGGCUUUGAGGAAGGUCGCGUAGAUUUGUUAUCAAUUCUAAAUUUGAGGUCUGAGCCGCUCGUGGUUAACAGGCCGAACGCCGGAGGUACCAAAAACGUUAUACAUUAUGGUUGCCCGGAUAUUUCUUUAUAGAAGCCACAAUUUGCCUGAUGAAGCCGUCAGUGUAUACAAAGCAGCAAUUAUCAGGAGCGCCGUUUGCAUCCUGUGUAGUGUACGGUUCCGCCUGAUUCCUCUCUCAUGAUGCUCACGAGUUCGCCCUGGGGUCUACAACUCCUUUCUCCAUACCCCAAACUUUUUAGAAGUUUUCACUGUCUUUCGUAUUGGUUGUUCCUCUGACAUAAUUAUUUUGCAUGAAAAUGUUAUUUUUGGUAAAUUAACUGUAGCAUAAUAUUCCAUUCUGUAUAUAAAGCCUUUAAAGGUUUUUUUUAUUAGUAGAAGCCAUAAUUUAACUAGAAAAGUAGAUUUAAAUUAGUGAAUUAGAUCGUGAGUCCAUGCUUUUACUGUAUUGCCGUGUGUCGAUUAUGGCAAAAGUGACCACUUUGUGAGUUAUUAAUAUUCUACUAGAAAUUAAUUACUGACAAGCAAUAAAGUGGUACUUUUUGCAUAAGUCACAUUUUGAAAUAAUUAGAUUGGUGCUGCUGGGCUAUUAGUGAGACUUAGUGAUAGAAACAAUUAGUUUCCUUUUUACUUUCCGUUAACCGUGAUUUAAAUGUGUCCUUAUUUUCCAAAAGGUACCACUGCCUGUUGUUAAUAGGCAAUGCACGACAGUGGUACGUUUUGAGAGAAAAUGUCACAAGGGUAACUUUUUAAGCACACUUGGAUGACGGUAGGGUAUAGGACUGAGGCCGAUAGUCUCAUUCUUGAUACGUGCACGUUACUGACAUUGUGAAAUUAUUCAAUAUGUAUGAUAAAUAAAGUUGUCACUGCAUUUUA